CUCGUCAGUCACCACUUCUGUGUUCUGCUUCUGUUACUCCGCCAGCGGACUUUCCCCGCUUAGCUCAUGUGUUUGUGCUUUGAUAAACUAUAACACAGUGUUAUAGCUUUCGGUGUGGAGAUGUUAUGAAUUAAUGCUUGGAGGGAAAAAUCUAUUGUCUGAAUAGAAGAGACUCAAUGACAUUUGAGGUAUGUGUCUCCUCUUCUCAGUCUUUAACUAAAAAAAACUGAAAUUAUUGAAUCACAAAUCUCUCUGUAUACGGAUGGAGUCUUACUUUUAUUCAAAUGUUGUUUAAAGGCUUUAUACUACUUGGCAACAAUCAUAUUUGGCUGUGAAUUGUUGAGUCAGCAUUGGACAGAGUCUGGUCAUCAGCCUGUAAUGUUGGUCCCCACUGCGGGUCGUUGGGAAGAAAAGAUGAGUGUAAAUGUCAAAUAUGUACAACUGUUAAUCAUGUAAUGUAUUAUUUUAGCAUCCACGACUGUUCUCCUGUUCGCCCAUCGGUCUGGAUCCCCCCUCUUUACGAUAAGAGGGACCCAUCUGAGCUCGCUCAUCCACGGCAUGCAGGGAAAGCACAGCAACCCCAACACAACCCGUUACAUCUGCCUGCGGAUGUGCUGAGGCUGAAGCAGCGCUGUGCCAGGAAAGAGCUGGCAGCGCGUCUCACUGCACCUCGUGUUGCCCAACGCAGACACAGUUCUGACAGCAAGGUGCAGCAGUUGAAGAAAGCAGCAAGAAGUGGUACCAGGGGCGGUUUAGAAAAGACAAAGUUAGCCAUGAUUCGCAAAGUGUCAUUCCUGCAGAGAAAAGAUUCCGCAGCUGGGGUAAAAGAUGAUGCGGGUUACCUGGAUGUGGCUUUGUGUGAGUUGAAGCACCCUCCACCACAACUGUGCCCAAUGCCAGAGGGGCUCAGCAGUCAGCAGGUGGUCAGACGUCUCAUCCUCAGCUCCAUUGUGCAGAGUGAGAGCAGCUACCUGGACUCUCUCAACAGAAUCCUCCAGGAAUACCAGAGGCCUUUGUUGGAGUCGCAGAACGGGAUCCUAAAGCCCAAGGAGGUGCGGGAAAUCUUUUAUCGUCUGCAGGAGAUCCAUCAGUGCCACUUCAUGUUCCAGAUCGCCUUGGCGUCCCGCGUGACUGAGUGGGAUCACAGCGAGACCAUCGGAGACCUGUUCGUCGCCUCGUUCUCUAAGUCCAUGGUGCAGGAGGUGUACAGUGACUACAUCAACAACUUCACCAACGCCAUAACACUGAUCAAGAAGGCCUGCACGUCUAAACCUGCUUUCCUGGACUUUCUAAAGAACAAGCAGUCGUCCAGUCCAGACAGAAUCACUCUGUACGGCCUGAUGGUCAAACCCAUCCAACGCUUUCCUCAGUUCAUUCUGCUGCUCCAGGACAUGUUGAAGAACACUCCAAAGACCCACAUGGACCGGCUGCCCCUGCAGCUGGCUCUCACAGCGCUGGAGAGCCUGGCAGAGAAGCUCAACGAACAGAAGCGCCAGGCGGAUCAGGAGGCUGAGAUCCGGCAGUUGGCCCGCAGUGUGGGGGACCGCAACCUCAACAAGCGGCUGAACUCGGAGCAGCGGCAGCUGAUUCAGUGUGAACUGCUCACUGAAAUUGUUUAUGGUAAUAAAGGUCAAGUUAUCAAGAUGAAGGAGCGGAAGGUCUUCCUCCUCAACGACAUCCUGAUCUGUGCCAAUGUUGACCUGAAGGGUCCCCCCAACAUCAGCGGCCUGGUUCCUGUUGGUCCCAAGUACACGGUGAAGUGGUGCAGCCCCCUGCUGCAGACUCAGGUGGUGGAGGUGGGACAGGACAGGCAGCAGAGAAGCGACAGUGUCAUCACAGCUAGACGCCGCAGCCCAACCCACAGCACCACUGGUAAAGUGUUCCUGGGUCCUCCCAGACUGUACCAGGAGCUGCAGGAGCUGCAGCAUGACCUGGCUGUGGUGGAGGAGGUCUCACUGCUGGUGGGCACGCUUCACGGGACCUACCAGAAUCUAAAUUCCACAGUGUCUCAGGACUGGUGUCUGGCUCUGCAGAGGCUGAUGCGGCUGAAGGAGGAGGAGAUCCAGAAGGCCAACAAGUGUCGCCUGCGUCUGUCUAUACCAGGCAAACCUGACAAAUCUGGUCGUCCAGUGAACAUCAUUGUUGUCUUCAACACUCCCAGCCCCCUCAGUAAGAUAACAUGGGUGAACCGGCUUCAUCUCGCCAAGAUAGCCCACAGACAGGAAAACACUCCUGGCUGGGAAUAUGCUGAAGAAUACGUGAAGACAAAAGCUCCAAUUAGUUGUCCACUAUUAACCUGCAAGCUUCCUGUCUUCUCCUCCAAAACACCCUCACUGAAGCUGGAGGCAGCUCUUCACAGCCCAUCUCAGUCUAGCCUGCUUGGUUUCUGCAUUGCCAGUACGUCUUUACCACAGGGUUACCUCUGGGUUGCAGGGGGAGAAAGCAGCUUCAACAAUGGCCAAGUGCAGAUAUUCUCGCUGAACCGAGCAACUCCUCGCCUGGUCAAGACUGUCCCGCUUAGUUCCCCUGUCCUCUGUCUGGAAUAUGUGAAGGAGCCGUGUCCCAGCACAGAGGAGAGGGAGGCCCCGUCCGCAGCCAAGAUAGGAAACAUCAUCUGUGUUGGCCUACAGGACGGCAGCAUCUGUGUGUACAGCAGCGUGGACACAGCUGUUCAGUGCCUGUUGACCUUGGUGAACCCUGACCGCAGCCCUGUCCUCUGCCUCAAGCACUCGCUGUCUUUCCUCUUUGCUGGACUGGCCAAUGGCAAAGUCACUGUUUACCAUAGAAGGGCUGGUGAGCGACUGUGGGACGUGGAAUCGUGCAGGCUGGUGUCUGUGGGCUGUGAGCCUGUCUGCAGUCUGCUGACACUUGAAGACGCUGUUUGGGCCAGCUGUGCCAACCAGGUCACUGUCAUCCAAGGAUCCAGCCUCCACACACAGAGCUUCACAGCCCACUCUGAUCCAGGCUGCAGUGUUCGCCACAUGAUUCGUUCAGGCGGGGGGGUUUGGAUGGCCUUCACCCAGGGCUCCUCUAUUCACCUGUUUCACACCGAGACCCUGGAACCACUACAGGAUGUCAACAUCUCCACCCGCACCACCCAUCUGAGGCCAGGUCGGGUUUGUGUGUCUAGCCUGCUGAUGUGCCAGGGCCUGCUGUGGGUGGGGACCAGCCAAGGCAUCAUCCUCACCUUCCCUCUGCCCACGCUGGAGGGCAUCCCCAAGAUCACAGGUAAGGGGAUGACGUCUCUGAAUGCCCACUGCGGUCCGGUGGACUUUCUGGUGUCCAGUUCCAGCACACUGGACUCCUUCCUCAACAGUAGUGUGGAGGGGGCGAACCGAGAAGCAGAGGGCGGUCGAGGUGGUGGGGCGGGAGAUGAAGAGUUGCGGAAGUGUGAGCAGAGAAGCCUUCAGCAGGACUCAGAAGCUUCUCCACCCAGGGAGGAGAAACCCAAACGUCUCCUGCUGCAAUAUCGUCUCCAUUCCACCUGCCAGCUGCCUGGGAAGCUGCUGUCUGCUCAGCCCGAACAGGGGAUCCACAGGCCCCCCACCGGCUGUCUGGAGCACAGCCCGGAGGACUGCUCCAUCUAUGAAGUGAGCGAGGACCCUGAUGUGUGGGUAAGAGGACGGCCAGUGGAGUGGUGGAAGGAGGGGGAGGUCAGGCGCAACAAAGUCACCUCAACAGCCAUCUUCUCCGGUGGCAGAGGACACCGCAGGAUAGGACAGAUGUCCUCACUAGGCACCUGCUCAGCCUCCACUGAAAACACUCUGCUGGUGUGGCAGCUGCCUCUGACUCUCAGCCAAUGACAGACAAGCAUUUCACCCUGACUUUCCUGAAUGACUGCUUAGUUACUGCAAUGCUGAACACUUGAUAUCAGUGGUUUGGUUGUGACAGGAGAACACUGUAAGGACCUGUUAGCAAGCUAACACUAAAGCUAACAUUGCUUGUGAAGCCAACCAAUGCCUGUCAGCUGAUCCAUACUCAUGUGGACCAUUGAGGAUAAGUUACUCUUUGAAAUGUUUGAGUUUUCAAACAUUUCGCUCAGGAGUAUUUAUACAGAACCAGAGUAAAGUGAUUCCCAUUCAUCUGUCCUUUCAUCCUCCUCCUAACCCUAACAACAGGUGAGGGACAUGUGAUUUUAUUAUGCUGUUAGUCUAGCUUAGUGUGUUCAGUUUCCUGAAGUUUUCUAGAAGUUUCUUUAGCCGUCUUGUCUGUACAGAGACCAAAAACCUGCAAUAUAACCAAAGAAGGCUGGAGAGAAUUGCUGCUGUUUGUCAAAUGUUGUUCCAGCACCUAACUCCUUGAAAGCUCAAAACUCUACCUAUAUGUCAAAACAAGGUAUUUGUCACACCUUGGUGAAGUUGUUUGGUUUGUUUUAUUUGAUCUGGUCUUUUGUCUUGUCAUUUCCUGUUUUAUUUUGAAAUAGUAACUCUCCUCUCGUUUCAGGUCACUUACCUUUCCUCAUGUGUCACCAGUCUGAUUGUAAACUGUGAUUUUGGUCUUUUGAAGGGGGCCAGGCCCACCGAUGUGCCUGCGUCUCUACCUAUGGAGCUCAUCUGGAGUGAGAAAAUUAAUAAACAGUUUCAUGCAAGGUCAAUAGGAUGCCGCAAGGAUGCUUUGGAGAGUGUGUCGUUAAAUGAAAUAUAAUGGAUGUUGUGUCAUUAAAUGGACGCUGUGCUAUUAAAUGGAUAAUGUGUCACUGAAA